GGAGUCCAGCCAGAAGGUUUUCACCAGGUGAUGCUGUAUAAGCCGGCCGGACGCAAAUGGAUUUCCACUUAGGACCGAGCUGGAAAAGGCUUUUGCACUUUUUAUUUUUAGAUUUGAUCCUAAUUUAUCAAGUACAACUAUCAAGGAAUGGUGUGGAAGUGGACGAUUCUAACUCAGAAGAAUUUCAUAACCACACCACCAGGAUAAAGCAAAAGAAAUGGGACGCCAUUUCCCAGGGAAGUCAGGAACUUCAACCAACAGAUGAUCCAUCAGCUGAUCAUACGUUAUCCUCCAUGGAGUCGCUGAUCAGUCAAAACAUCACGUCCGAUCUGACCUCAAAUGACUUGUUGAAGACAGCCUUCGUCUCACGAAGAAGAUCGGAGUCUAACUUUACAAAAUCUUCAGCAAUUGUAGCAUCCAGUACAUUACCUUCAAGAACUGAACAAUCCAAGCACCUACAGGCACCAAAUGGAACAACGGUAUCCAGCGCGGCGGCAACCACCAAAGCACCAUUGCAACAAUCCUUAACCGCCUCAGCAAUGUCGACGCCAUCCCCGACACAGACUGCGCUCAGCAGCCAAUCACCAACCACUGUAGCCUCAGCCAGCCGAUCGGGCAGCGCUAUAGCAUCAUCGCACACGGCGCUAGUCGGCAAAUCAUCAAUUAGCUCAUCUACUCGAACAAAGAUAGAAACAAGCCAGUCCCCCCCGGUCCAGCAGCCAGUAGCUUCUCUGACUAUUUGCGAAACAGCCAAUCAGUGCAUGAACAUCUCACAAGCGCCAAACACAUUGACCAGCUAUCCCAAGCCACUGUCAAGUUCAUCAUCUUCUGACAAAUCCCAGAUUGGCUCUGUAAAACCAUCAAGCCAAUUAUCAACUAACACGACCGGAAACCCCGGAAGCAGAAUCUUCUCGCAAGAUGAACGCCCACUUCAUAUUUCCGUUUUCACCAGAAAGGCAAAAGAAGUCCUACGGUUUCAUAUGAUUUCAGAGUCAUGUUCCUUUCGAUGCCUGAACGGCGGUUGGUGCACUCAGUCCGAGUCAUGUGACUGCAGCCUAUUUCAGGCCACCGGAAACAGGUGUCAGACAGUUCCAAAUCUUGGCUUCGAGAGGGAGAUGACGUGCAGGACGUGGGGUCAAUACAACUUUGAGACCUUCGAUGGCCUCUACUACUACUUUCCUGGCCGGUGCACGUACACGCUGCUGAAAGACUGUGAGAAAAACACUCGGGUCGUUGUUGUCCAGGUGCACAAUGACCCAGGCUGUGGCUCGGAGCCUUACAGCUGCCAGCGCUCAGUCAGCCUCUUUCUUCCGCGGGAGGGUGAAAUCCAGUUACAUGCCACUAACGUGACAUUAAAUGGGCAAAGUUUGCAGCUUCCACAACACAUCCACGACCUGCAUCUGAAGCAGAUCUCCCAGUACGUGUUGGUUACACAGAGACAAGGCUUCACGCUGGCCUGGGAGGGUCGCAGCGGCUCCGUCUACAUUCAACUCAGCCCAGAAUUUGUGGGCAGGACCUGUGGCCUGUGUGGGAACUUCAACGCAGAUAUACAAGAUGACCUCAGGACCAGCUAUGGGCUCCUGACUCAUGAAAUCGAAAUGUUUGGAAACAGUUGGAUGGAGACCAUGCCGCUCCAGGCACGGUGUCCCAUGGUGCCUUCUGGUUUCGCCUCACCUUGUACGGCCGUCGAUGUGCAUGUCUUGCUGAAAGCGGAGGAAACAUGUUUCAUGCUGCUGGAUACACCUUUCCAAAGCUGCCACGACUAUGUCAGCCCCUUGUCCUUCAUGGCCAGCUGCUUCAAUGACAUCUGCUUGUCGGGCCCAACAGAUGAUGCGGUAUGUCAAGUGUUUACAGAGUACUCCCGUGCCUGCGCCCACGCUGAUCAUCCACUGGACGACUGGAGCGACCACAUUCCUCAGUGUGCGAAGCGGUGUCCUGAAGGCCUGCAGUACCUCGAAUGUAUCAGCUGCUGCCCGGCAUCAUGCAAGCAAGAGCACACAUGCAUCGAUAGCUGGCUGGCCUGCCUGGAUGGAUGUUAUUGUCCCAAGGGUUUGAUCUUUGAGGAUGGGAGCUGUGUCGUGCCUUCUGACUGUCCCUGUGAGUCCCACGGCGUCUUCUACCCAUCUGGACAAAUGAUACAAGAGGAAUGCAACAACUGCACGUGCGUGGCUGGAUUGUGGAACUGCACCGAAUACAGCUGCCCAGGCGAAUGUGCUGUGACCGGUGAUAUGCAUUUUCAGUCAUUUGACGGCCGUGUGUACACCUUUCCGGCAACGUGUCAGUACGUCCUUGCCAAGAGUCUCAACUCAGGGAAGUUCACAGUCACCAUCCAGAAUGCCCCUUGUGGAGCUAAUCUGGAUGGGUCUUGCAUCCAAUCUGUGAAUUUAGUUAUCGAUGAGGAUCCGAGAAUGGAAAUCACGCUGAGCCGCGUUGGUGAGGUCUUCAUUGGCGGACAGUACCGCAUCUCCCUACCCUACUCUGAUGACAACUUCUACAUUCAGGAGCUUUCAUCCAUGUUCCUCCAAGUGAAGACAACUUUUGGCCUGCGUCUGCUUUACAGCUGGAAAGAGUUCCGUCUCUACCUGCAGGCCAACACACUGUGGAAGGAUGACACAGUGGGACUUUGUGGAACUUUCAACGGCAACAUUCAAGAUGACUUCUUGUCUCCCGCCGGUAUGAUAGAAAGCAGUCCUCUCUUAUUUGGAAAUGCCUGGAGGGUCUCGUCAGCGUGUACACUCGGCUUGAUCGCUCCUCAGCUUGACCCCUGCGACACACACCAACAAGCUGUGGCCUAUGCAUCGGAGAUGUGUGAUAUUCUAAACCGGGAUCUUUUUUCCCCCUGCCACGAGUACCUCAGUCCGGUGCCUUUUCACCAGCAGUGCCGCUCAGAUACCUGCAAAUGCGGAACAGCUUGCUUUUGCUCUGCUGCGGCCCACUACGCCCGCCACUGCCGCAGAUUCUCCAUCGUCAUUGACUUCCGAUCACACAUACACGACUGCGCGGUCACCUGUCCCACCACCAUGCAGUACGGUGUGUGCGUGUCAUCCUGCCGCCGCCGCUGCUCCACCCUCUCUUCUUCGCAGCACUGUGGUGGGGAGUGUGAAGAGGGCUGCGUCUGCCCACUGGGAUUAUUCUACAACCAACGAACACACACCUGCGUGCACAGGAGUGAGUGUCCCUGCACUUUCCUCGGCGGCGAUUAUGAACCAGGAGACGUGAUCAUGACAUCGGCGGGUGUUCAGCUGUGUCUGGAUGGUAAAUUGGUGUCGCAAACUAAAGACGGUGGCAGCUUAUGUCCCGGGAGUCAAAUGUACCAUAACUGCUCUGAGGGCGAGAACGGCCUCCUUCCGGGAAGAGGUGUGGCCUGUGAGCACACUUGUGAAUCUUUCCUCCUCAAUCUGACCUGCGCAGCACAUGACCCGUGCGUUAGUGGAUGUAGCUGCCCUUCUGGCUUACUGAAACAUGGAGAUGAAUGCCUUGAGCCUGAGGCCUGCCCCUGUCUGUGGAAAGGAAAAGAGUAUUACCCUGGUGACAAAGUGUCUUCCCCCUGCCAUCAGUGUGUUUGCCAGCACGGGACGUUCCAGUGUGUGUUUCGUCCAUGUCCGUCCAUGUGCACAGCAUACGGAGAUCGUCAUUACAGCACUUUUGAUGGCCUGCUCUUUGACUACGUUGGUGCUUGCCAAGUUUACCUUGUAAAGAGCAGUGCUGAUGGGAUUCUCACUGUGACAGCAGAGAACAUUGACUGUUUUGACAAUGGCCUAAUCUGCAGGAAAUCACUGAUGAUCAACAUCGGAAGAUCCUUCGUAACCUUUGACGAUGACACCGGACAACCUAACCCAACUAGUAUCAUAGGAAUGAAUCGGAAGAUGGUCAUCUGGCCUGCUGGCUACUUCACUGUGAUUCAUUUCCCAGAGGAGGAUGUCACAAUCCUGUGGGACCGGAAAACCACCAUCCACAUCCAGGUCGGACCCCGUUGGGAGGGCAAGCUGAGUGGUCUAUGUGGAAACUUUGAUAUGAAGACAGUGAAUGAGAUGCGCACACCCGACAACAUCGAUGCCACGAUGCCACAAGAGUUUGGAAACAGUUGGAUAGGAGCUGAUUGUGUGAAUGGUCCAGAUAUGAGACACCCAUGCAGUCUGAGUCCACUCAGAGAGCCAUUUGCCAAGCGGCAGUGUGCUGUCCUGCUCAGUGAGGUCUUCCAGGCCUGCCACCCAAUGGUGGACGUUACCUGGUUCUACAGAAACUGCUUGGCAGACACUUGUGGCUGCAAUCGGGCUGUUGACUGUGAAUGUUUUUGCACUAGUGUGGCAGCGUACGCCCAACGCUGCUGUCACCAGGGUAUUCCUGUCGAUUGGCGCUCCCCGUCUCUGUGCCCAUAUGAUUGUGAAUUCUACAACAAAGUUCUUGGUAAAGGCCCUUUUAGGUUGCUCCCCUUCCGAGACCGGACUUCGGUGCUUGUUGCCAGCAUGACCAGCGGCUCGGUGUUUUUUAAGCGAGGAAAUCUCAGUGACACCAAUGGCACACUGUCACACUUUAUGAUGACACCAGGCCUGAGCAGAGUCCGACCACAUGAUACAUCACGGAUAUCCUUUGAGGCAGCACACAGACCCAAUCACUUUCUGUAUGUGAGCCCCAGUGGCCAGUUGAAGCUGGUCAAGUGGGAGGAAAGCGAGGGAUUCUGGGAUCGAGCCACUUUUGUGCUACACAGGGACACCUGGGUCUCAGGAUAUGACUCCCUGGAAUCCCACGCAAAGCCUGGAUUCUUCUUACAGGCCACCUUCCCUCGCCUCCACCUGCUCAAGUAUCGUCACACAGACAGCUUCCGCAAGGCCACUCUUUUCAGACUCACAGGCUCUGGCCCAGAUGCCCCACCUCGUCCACAGUGCCAGUGGAGAUAUGACUCCUGCAUCAGCCCCUGUUUCAAAACCUGCAGCGACCCAUCAGCAGAAGCCUGUGUGGCCAUCCCACACGUGGAGGGCUGCCUUCCUCUCUGCCCCCCAUACAUGGUCCUGGAUGAAGUGACUCGUCAUUGUGUCUAUGUCGAAGACUGUAUUAAAGCCCCUGUUAUUAUACCCAUAAUUCCAACCGGUGCCAUGCCAAGCUCUGGGUCUAUGUCUAUGUCCUCCACAACAACCACUGCCUCACUCAAGACAACUACUGCCCCAUCUGCCGCUUCUCAGUCUACUCCCACCAAAUUCACCACCCCUCUUCCUGCUGUGAGCACAUCAACAUCUGCUUCCAUAACACCAUUUUUUGAUGAGUCAACUCGACCAACCAUCCACUUUCCUACUGGAUUUUUUGCACCUUCCAGAACAGCAGCAACUCUUUCACCAUUGACUACUACUGUAAGGCCUGAGGUGGUUGAACCAUUGUUGACUCUAAAAGUGACACAAGCCCGUACCACUGCUGAGAGUGCAACCGUCAGCCCCUUUGGAUCCAGCACCUUCAGGUUGAGCAGUGCUCCCUUUGUAAUCCCUUCUCUCAUCUGGUUAACUUCCUCCACAAGGCCAACUGACUCCCUCCGGCCCCUCUUCACACCAAAGACUACCACCGCAGCAGAAUUAACGACAAGAUCUACUCAGGGUCCAACCUCCACUUCUCCGCUUACCACCAAGGAGUCCACAGAGACUACACAUUCAGUAGUGGUGUUUCCAUUUGGAACCACAUCUUAUACUAGGCCAGCUUCAGAGAUUCCAAAAGUGACAGAAUGGACCACUGUACCCAGAUCUACUGACACGACAUACACAGAAUCUAGGAGCAAAAAGCCUUUUACAGUGGGGAAAACUCCCCCAAUCUACCCAGUUGAACCCAUCACUCCUGGUUUACUAAGCACAGCCUCUUCAACCACUUCUUCACUUUUUACCCCACCUCCUGUAAAAACAGCAACCAUAUCAAUGGCGACAGUCACUUCAGCGAAGAUCACAGACUCAGUUACUCCAGUUGAACCCUUUAAAACAAGCACAACAACACACUCCAUUAGUCCAAAGACAACAGCUACUCCUAUUUCUGAACUUACCACAGCGAAGGUGAUUUUAACCACCCCAGCUGCUCCUGAGAUACCAAUAUCAGCGCCAGUCCACGUCGUUCUGACUACAACUCUGCCCAGUUCUUCCUCAGCUGCCUCAGACCAGCAAGCAACAGGAAAGACAACAACCAUACUCGAAUCUACUGUGUCCAAAAUAACUGCUGCCACCAUAUCAAUGACUGCUCAGCCACCCCCUAAGCUUACAGCUACAAUUCCUGGGUCUACCUCCUCCGCUCAGUCUAUAACCUCAAGACUUCCAAAGGUAGCUGUAGCCACUACUCUGGCUACCAGCCCAAUUUUAUCAGCAAAAACUGUGCCACCAGUGCGCCCAAGCGAAACUGUUGUUCCUCCACUAUCACCAAGUUCCACCAGACAGACCACACAACCUUGGCCUCCUAAACAUUUCCUCAGCUCCUCCAGCCAGUUGUACAAUCUUACAAAAAAGACAACACCUCAGCGCACCUCUCAAACUCUUUCACAGGUGGUCAGUUUGACUAAAACAACUGAAUUACCUCGAUUUCCGGAGUCAGGGCCAGCCAUCAUCUCUGCUACACCAGCAGAUACAGUCAAAACCACAACUGCUAAGACUACAUCUCAGGCGAUGUCUACAGCAGAAUUUAUGACCAAGACACAAGUUACACCAGAGCAACCACCUAGAUCAGUUGUUCCUAAUACGUCUCUCACCACAGGACCUAUAAGACUUGCCAUUGUAACCACCACACUCAGAGGUGUUCCAGUACAAUCAGUCACAGUGACAACACGUCCAGUGACAAGUGGAAUGGAAUUUAAAAGAGCCACAACCACACCAAUCCUAUCUGUCUUUCUCCCAGACACAGCUACUUCUCCUUCCACCUCAAGAAAAACAACUUCCUCUGACAAGGUCACCACACAGCUUGUAUCAGCUGUAAGCUCUACAUCUGCUGCAACAACUACAACUGCAACUCCACGGAUGUCCUCUAUCGGGCUGACACAGAGGGUUCCAGUGACAACAAGAGUUACACCCAAAAUCACAUCAACCGAGAGGCCAGUCACAGUCAAGCUAACUAUGGAAACAAAACCCCUGGAAGCAACCACCAAACCAACCAGCUCACCAACUAUCAUGCCAAAGGAAGGCAAAACAACUUUAUUAGGUGUUACAGCUCCAACCAAAUCCACAUCAGGAGAACAAUUGACUACAGUGAGCACACCUACAGCAACAACAACUGCAGCCACAACCGGAGUGCCGAGUUUGACUACCUCAGUGGCCCCACCUUCCAUGCCUGAGUCAACCAUAGCAAUCUCUGGUCUGACACCCACAGAGUCUGAGGUGCCACCAAACACUUCCCAACCAGUGACAUCGCCACCAUUCAUUAUGACAAUCCUGAAUCGCACUAGUCCUGGUGCAACAACACCUUUUGCAACAGUGGAUAAAACCAAGCCCACUUCAGACAGCAUAACAUCCACGGCUGUAUCAUUCACUCAGAUGUGCACGCCUCUAUAUGCGGAGAUUGUUGAUGAGUGCACCAAGUUUAUCUGUGUCAACAACCAGCUCAUGUUCUUCAAUAAGUCCGAAAACUGCCCCUUCUCCUCUGAGCCGCUGAACUGUGGCCUUCUUGGCUUUGCCGUCUUGGUCAAUGGUGACAAAUGCUGCCCCCAGUGGGACUGUCCAUGUCGCUGCUCUGUUUUUCCAGACUUGAACGUGAUCACAUUUGAUGGGAACAGUGUUGCCAUCUAUAAAGCUGCCUCGUUCAUACUGACCCAGCUACCCAAUGAAACAGUCAGUGUACUUGUUCAGGAGUGCCCUGCUGGAUCAGAGUCACCGCUUUGGUGGAAUUUUACGAAACUAUGUCUGGUUUCACUCAACAUCACCUACAAUUCCAAUCACAUCAUCAUCGACAGGCUCCAGAGGAGGCUCUCUGUCAACUCACGGUAUGCCAGGCCUCAUUUUAAAAGGUUUGGUUUUGAGAUCUACGACACAGGCAACAUGUAUCUGAUCCGAAGCCCAGCCGGUCUCAAGCUGCAGUGGUAUCACAGCACUGGAAUGAUGGUGAUCGACAGUGACAACCCCAGCAAGAAGCUGCCCACCGUGGGCCUCUGUGGUUUCUGUGAUGGAGACCCAAAUAAUGACCUGACCCUGGCCAAUGGCACCACUGUGGAGAGGAGCGACGAUCCAUCUCGCUUCAUCGACAGCUGGCGGGUUCCGAACACCACCACCUAUGUCAGUCCCAGUCGGCGCAGAGAGUUCAACUGUUCCACCGGUGACUGCUCCCAGUGCCUGGUCAUGUUGCAGAAACCGGCCUUCUACCCAUGCCAUGCCUUUGUCUCUCCAAGCACUUUCUGUGAAGUUUGGGUCCAAGAUGUGGAGUAUGUGAACAACCAGUGUGUGGCACUUGCUGCCUACGUAGCCUCUUGCCACAAAUUCAACAUCUGCAUUGAGUGGAGGAGACCAGAUUACUGUCCCUUCAUGUGUCCUGAAACUCUGCGCUAUCAAGCCUGCCUGCCGGCCUGCAGAUCUCAGUCAUGUUCCAAGCAAGAUUUUGACUUCGACACAGACCACUGCUCAGGCCUUACCGAGGGUUGUGCUUGCCCUGAAGGAACGCUACUCCAUCGGCCAUUCACUGCCCUCUGCAUACCCCCCAACAAGUGUGCCUGCACUGACAGUUCUGGCAUUCCACGCGCACAUGGUGAGGUGUGGAAAGCCUCAAAGGACUCCUGCUGCACGUACCGCUGCGAUGUGGACGUAGUCAUCCCCGCGGAGCACAAGUGUUCCGCCACGAUGCCGCCUGUGUGCCAGCGAGUCGGGGAGGUGGUCGUCAGCCUGGCCGACGACACCGGCUGCUGUCCCCGUAAAAUCUGCGUGUGUAAUCCUACUCAUUGUGACCUCCUGCCUCCUGACUGUAAAUAUGGGGAGAAGCUGGUGUCAUACUACCGAAAGGACUCGUGCUGCCCAGACUAUGUGUGCGAGUGUGAUCCCUCAAGUUGUGAGCCAGAGAUUCCCACCUGUCGAAGUGACCAGUCUUUAAUCGCAACCCGAACUCAUGAUAGUUGCUGCCUGACUCACAUCUGCAUGUGUUCAUCUUGUGUGGGAACGCCGCCACUUUGUCAGGAUUGGGAGGUAUUGACGGUGGACCGGAACACCACAGACCGCUGCUGCCCUACCUACCAAUGUGUAUGUGAGCCCUCUAGGUGUCCUCAGCUCAGCUGUCCUUUUGGGAAGUCAGUGGUGUCGGUGUCCAUUUCAGAUCAUUGCUGUGCCAGUCAUACAUGCGAGUGUUCCUGUGACAAGAUUACCCCUCCUAAAUGUGGAAUGUCUGUCUGUGCGGCCCAGGACCAAAUGACUUGUGGACCGGUAAUGGGAGAGGCUCCUCAGCUGGAGCAUUCGUUGCUGUCUGACCCACAAAACCAGUGUGCCUGCAAAAGAUACAAGUGUGUGCGAGAAGCUGUUUGUGUGUACCAGGGUGUGCUCCGGCCCGGUCAGACCCUGGUGGAACACGGCGAGGACGGCUUGUGCUACAGCAGGCAGUGCAGCCGUGUUCUGGACACAUCCAGCGGUUUUCACGUACUGCGGAUCAGCAGCACCAACUGCUCUGCCCUCUGCCAGCUAAAUCAGAUCUAUCUGCCUGCAAAAGAGCAGUCAACAUGCUGUGGAGUUUGUAAGAACAUCUCCUGCCUUUACACUCAUGAGAAUGGCUCGACAAUUCUCUAUAAGCCAGGGAAAUCUUGGGUGUCCAACUGCCUGAAGUUUGAAUGCACAGACACGCUGUUCGGCCCGACAAUGAUCUCCUACCCCUUCAGCUGUCCCCCUUUCAAUGAAACGGAGUGUACGAAGAUCGGAGGAACUGUCGUAAGUUACGUGGACGGAUGUUGCAAGACAUGCAAAGAAGAUGGGAAGGCGUGUCAGAAGGUGACAGUGAGGAUGACUAUUAGGAAGAAUGACUGUCGCAGUAACAGACCGGUCAACAUCGUGUCAUGCGAUGGGAAGUGCCCGUCUGCCAGCAUCUACAACUACAACAUCAACACGUACGCUCGUUUCUGCAAGUGUUGUCGGGAGAUGGGGCUUCAGCGGCGCUCUGUGCAGCUCUACUGCAGCGGCAACUCCACCUGGGUCAGCUACGGCGUUCAAGAACCCACAGAUUGCUCCUGCCAGUGGUCGUAGAGCACGCAUUUGCUGGAACCCCCACGCAGUACCCAAAGGGUUAGGUCCUACACGAGAGGAAAAAGAACCUCGGCGGUGUGUCCAUUCAUCUCCUGGCUGCAAAUAUACUGGAAGAAAGUUGGUGCGGAAGGGCAAACACGUAGCACACUGUGACAUUGGGUCUCUGAGCUCUCGGGGCGAGGGAGGGACAGAUUUCCUUUUCAGGGAUAGAAAUAGUCACCAAAAAGUCACCAAAACUCAUUUGUUCAAAGAAUUUAAAAAAAGCAUGACUUGUGUUUCAUUCAUGAAAUUCAAGAGGAUUUUUCGAAUUCUGUUGACAGUAUCAGUAUCAUCAAAAAUCAUCAUUAUUAUUAUGCUCAUCCAUCCUACUAGUAAGCCUUGUUUAUCUUCGAUAUGGGCUUUAUUGGAUUUAGUUCCAAGUAGUUCUGUCUCUAAAAUGAAUACGUUUUCAAUUCCCCAUGUGAAAGUUGAGUUGAAAGGGUUGAUGCAAGUGAUCGUAAAAGUGAGAAUGUCGGGGGGAAAUCAUGAAAAGAGAGAUGGAUUUCAUUGGAUGACUGCUGUGUUUGCAAUUAUUUAGAAGUCUCCAUUGAGAAUGGAGGCAUAUUGAAGAAGUUUUCCCAAAAAUGCCUUGUGGUCCAGCUUGUAUUUUUCCGCUUGGUUUUUGUAAAUUUAAAAUAUCCAAUUCCUUGACAUGUCACAUAUUAAAAAAAAAAACUGUGUAUUUGGAUAUGGGAAUUAUGCUUUACUAUAUUCGAAACUAUAUUAAACUAAGGAGAGUUAACUGAUUUAAAUCCAGUUGUGUGUGGAGCACUUUAUUUAUUGGGGACUGACAAAGCAUAAAUAUUUGUAUCCUCGAGUCACCAGGAUAAACCUUCCACAUACGUGAGAGAUUUCAGUUGAAGUGAAUUGUGAAGUCGGUUCGCCUCGAAAGGGUCGCGGGCGUGCCGGAGCCUCUCCCGGCUGUCAUCGGGCAGGAGGCGGGGCACACCCUGAACCGGUCGCCAGCCAAUCGCAGGGCACAUACAAACAAACAACCGUCCGCACGCCACACAGGCGCCGCCGGGGAUUGAAUCCCGGUCCUCAGAAGUGUGAGGCAGACGCUCUAACCGGUGGUUCACAGUGCCUCCGCUGGUUCCAUUUGCUCUUUUAAAAAUCAGAUCAAUGAAAACAAAUACCAAUACAAAUUGAAAUCAUUUUGGCUUUGCUAUAUUAUACUGUAGAUCUUUCCAUUUUAAAUAACCUGGUAAAAAAACAUGUUCUGUUCAUAUCAACCACAAAAACACGUGUGAUGAAAAGUUUUGUAUGGUGCAAAUUGCAUUUGUAAUAAAUAUUUCCUCUGUAACAAUAUUUGUGAU